AUGUCCCACCAACCGACGACAUCCAUCUGUUGUCUGGUCGUAGGUAUCGUUUUUGAGAACAGAGUUGAGCGGAGAACCAUCAAUACUCCAAAGCUUGAUGAAAGAGUCCUGGAAUCCACCGGCCACUAUGGUGGAGUCGUCGUUGAACUCCACGCAGGUCAUGUCGUUGUUGGUGUUGUGGAAAGUGUACAUGCAGGUACUUGGCAGCGACGCUUGGAUAGCGUUGAGCUUUAUUUUAGCUCUCGAAUCCUGAAUCUUGGUCAAUGCCUGUUUCAAGUCAAAGGCUGUCUUUUGGGGCAAUGGAAGAAGGUCUCUGCUUGGGGCGUCUUCGCUGGCCGGAUCAGUCUUGAAGUUUUCUUCGUAUUCCUGCAUCAGGGUCUUGUCGUGGUUCUGAUCUUUCUGGGCCUCGUCUUUUUGUUGGAUCUCUGCUUCCAAUUCCUUGGUAAACUCCGGGUCGUCAGGGAAUUUUCCAAGCUUGACAGUCUUGCUGUUAAAAGCGUCCGUAGAAUCGGCGUCCUUUCUGGUUCUGUCAGACUCCUCGUUCAACAACUGGAAGAUGGCGGCAAUUCCCUCCGUCGUUUCGCCGCUGUUCUCUUUUUGGGUUGUGACUUCCACCUGGGUUGUUAUGGUCAUUGUAUUGUUGAUGAAUCUGACAAUGAUUCCUCCGCCAAUGGCUUCAUUUUCAUUAAGGAAACUCAAAAUCAGGUUCAUGGACACUUUGGAAACAGUAAUGUGAUACUUCUCGGUGCGAAAUAG